AUGGUGGUCGAAGCCCUCUGGUCGUGCCUCAAGGCGAUCGUGAUCAUCGUCGCCAACCUCAACCUGGCUUGGGAGAUCCAUCGCAAGGUUGACCUUGCCAAGCCGUUCCGCGUCAUAUGGUCUUGCCUCACUUUCGGUGACGCGCCAUGGACCGUAUACCCGCCUCUGCCAUACGAGAACCUACCGACGCCGUCCAGCAUACGACUCAUCAGGCUGCAGCCUUUGGAGAGAGGACAGAGCAAUAGUGCAGAAGUGUGGUUUGAUAUGCGCACCUUCGACCUCGAUGAUGAUCCGGGAGAUGAGGAAGAGAAGGUCGCCCAGAUCAAUAUGAUGGGCCGGAUUUAUCAGUCAGCAAAAAUCGUCAUCGUAUGGCUGGGCACCGCAAACAUUAUCGAGAGCACGGGACUUCAAAUCCUCCACGAUAUGACCACCUCCGCAGUCCCGCUGGCGUUCAACCCCGUUGCAGCUCUGGUCACCAAGCAGCUGACACUUUACAUGGAGAGAGCACGAAAGGAGUCUCGAAUGGCUGCAUUGCGCGUCCAGAUUCUGCCAGUCAUUGUCCUCUGGCUGGCUGCUCGAUCAUGGUUCAGCCGGGUCUGGGUGGUCCAAGAGCUUGCUUUCGCCCGCGACGUCGUCUAUAUCUAUGGUAAACACGAGAUACACCAAGAUACAAUGAAGACGGUGUGCGGAUGGCUCGUCAACCACGACAGCACGACAGUCGGGCCUGACCACUCUGCACGGAAACUAUGGCAAGAGAUUCUCUGGACGUUUGCUCCUUACAUGAUGAAUCUGCCAGCGACGCUCGAGGCUCGCAAGGACUUUGCGGCGGGGAAUAUGUGGUCGCUUACGCAAUGGUACCUGGCUUCUAGUGGUCGCACUGCAACAGUAGGCCGGGACUACGUAUACGGAGGUUUGUCGCUGGUGAAGCCAGAACUGCUUACCAUCGACCAGGGUCUGGUCUUGGACGAGAUGGUCUCUGCCACCGGGAAGGACGCGACCCACAAUCAGCCCGAACAGCUCAUUGUUUCUCAUGCGCAAUCACUCCUGCCGCGCGGACUGUGGCCGGUCUUAGAAGCAAAAGCCAUGGUUCUGGAAGCGGAGGUGUUCGUCAAUGCUGCCGCGUGCCUCCUCACGCACGAAGGCCUCGGCGUUCUGCUACGUACAGCAGUACAUCCGGGAGACCGGGAUAGGUUCAGAGCGGAAGAGCUUGACGACGCGGACCCGAGUGUGUACGACACCUUGCCAUCCUGGGUACCCACCAGCGAUUCAUGGACGACUAACAACUGGCAGAUUCCAUCGACCACGAAUAUUGUGCCAUUUGGAAGUCCAGAUCCGUACGCGGCGAGCGGCGAGCCUACAAGCAGCGACCAGGCAGCUGAUUCCACAGCAGGGAACGUGUCCAUUUCACCAGAUGGUAGGCAUCUUUCAGUCAGUGCCGCACAGAUUGACCAUAUCAACUCCUCUCCAAUCGUCCGCGGGGCCAUCUUCUCCUAUAACGACAGCGUGAUGGGGCUAGCACAAUAUCUUCACGCUGCGUGGAGAGGACCCCAACGAUGCUCUUCCAUACCGGCAACCACCAGAACGGUCGGGUGUCAGGUCGAUCUUGAUGAUCCCUCCCAAGCCGCCGAGGGUUUUAUUGAGACGCCGGCAUGCCUCACGGUUGCGACGCCGGACUUCCCCUUGACCGCACAAUCGGAGUGCCCCUUUGAAGCGGUGGCAGCUGCACUCAUUGCCGGGCGAAUCGGUGCGCAGCCUGUCUCGGGAGCUGCUGCAGCCGCCUGGUUGUGCGAGUCAAUUGUGAGCCAUGUGCGCAUGAUCUCUGCAAGGACGAGACACAACAUCGACGAGCAGUUGGACAGAGCAUCGCGCAAUCUCGAAGAGCUGCUGGUCGGCCAGCCUGAGGAAGUGAAAGUCAAGUCCAGAGAGAUGUUGCCUGAGAAGGUGCGGGUGUCUCAGCGCCGACAGCAGGAGGAGGCAGACCGAGCAGCCACAACACUCGCUUCCUUGAGAUCCAAGUACACCCAUUUGCCCUGGCCCAGGGACAAGGACAUUAGUGUAUGGAAGGAAGACUUGAGACUAGAUGGCGCGCUCGCCCGGAUGGAAGAAGCGACGCUGCUCCAGGAAGGUGCCCCAGGCAUAGGCCCCCUCCGGAGACAGUACUACCAUCUCUGGAAUCAUGCAUUCCGACCGUUGCGCCGCGCACGAAUCAAGAGCGAAGUCGACAUCACAUUCAAGCGGAUGGUGUCUGAGCCAUGCUUGGCGUUUGAGGAACAGGCUACAAAGAUGCUUCAGCGGCGUAGUAUCUUCACGACAGCGGCCGGCCGCAUCGUGCUUGGACCAGACUGGCUUCCACCAGGGGCGACCGUCAUGCUAUUGCGUGGCGCUUCAACCCCAUUUGUCUUAGCCCGAGAGGAGGACCAUCUGGCCGCGAGGUCGAAGCAGCUCGGGGAGAGACUAAAGCUCGACACUGCUUGCUGCAAGCAUCACGAGAAGGACAGCUUCGCGAAGCUGCAACGAUUCUCCAGGCUGGCUGGGAUCGAGCAGCGGCUCCAGCGCAUGAAGGAUGGAACGGCGCCAAAAGAUCGUUGGAUACUCGUGGGUGAUGCCUACAUGUCUGGAGCGAUGCGUGGAGAGCUUGCGGCCGAGGCCAGUUUUGAAAAAGUCGACAUUGCCUGACAUCAGACAUACAGUACAAAGGCAUUGCAAUGCAUCCGAACAUGCCUCGGUACGUCUUACAUCCGGCUCUUUCUGGUCAACAAUCCCAUUUAGUUCAAUAGGCGGAACAAGACAAUUGCGCG